AUGCGGCGAUUAAGCGCCGUGUCUCCAUCAAUUUUCCGAAAACUCAGCCUCUCUCCAGCGGUGUUCGAACAGAUGCGUCCUCAAAUAGGACCCAUCGAUGAGGAAGUACCUCCACUAUCGAGAUGGAGCAAAUUCACAGAACUUUUCAGGAAAGAAGCGAGACUCAUGACGAAGGGUCGCAUUUGGCCGUUCAUGUUGGCCAACUUCCUGCUGUUCGUCUGCUGCGAUGUUUUCUGCGUCUACACCCCUGAUUACAAUACAACAAAGCUGCCGAUUUCGCGUAACAGUGCCCCAGUGCUGCUUUCGAUCCUGGGUAUCGUCAAUACAGUCAGCGUCCUCCUCUACGGCUACGUGGUCGACUUCGAAUGGGUUAAUACCUUGCUCCUUUACGGAGUCUUCGCUUGUGUCUCAGCACUGGUUUUGCUGGCCGUCCCGUGGCUACCGUCCUAUGAAGGUUUCUGUACCACUAACGUCGUUCACGGUAUCCCCAUUGCGGCAUCGUCCGCUCUACCGUACGUGACUUUGGCCGAACUGUUGCCAACGGCAGACUUCGUCUCGGCGGUUGGAAUCCUGAAUUUCAUUGAAGGCCUGGCCAACCUUGGAGGCGCGCCUACAGCUGGUAACAGCAUUCCUUUCAUUUCGCCGUUAACUGCUUUUGAAACUGAGUUCUUCAGCCAGAUGAACAGUUACAGUUUACCUGUACAGACCGACUCACUGAUUUGCUUACGGUAA